AGGGUUCAGAAUAACCGAAAUAAUUUUUUUCCCAUAAAGUUACAAACCAAGAGCCAUACAUUCCAUGAAUUGAAAAGAACACUCUUGCGUGACAAUCCCCGCGCGUCCCUUUGGUUUUUCUGACUCCGAUUCUCCAUUUUUCUUCUCACUCCACAACGUGUUUCUCGUAACAACAACACUCCUUCACUUUCAACUCUCUCUCUCUCUCUCUCUCUCUAGGGCAAGCACACACACGCAAACACCACACUUUCCACAAUGAAGCCAGAGUUGUACGAAAUCUCCGACGACGAAUGGGAGAACCACUCCUUCAAACCCUCGCAAGUUCUGAAGCGGCCUCGCACUUCGUCUCCUCCUUCUCCGCCACCCAUCGAAUCCUUCGCUUACACCUCCAACUCCAAGGUCGACGUUUCAAGCGAAAACGACGACGACAGCGAUUGCGUCGAAAUCGCGCCGGAAUCCGCUAAUUUCCGCGACAAUCUCAACGACCUCGAGGACGCUGACGUGGACGACGAACCGGUACCGGCGUCCCGCGGCCGGAGGUUCGUAAUCGACGACGACGACGAGGAAGACGGUGAGGAGGAGAACGGGGGAAGGGAUGGACACGUGGCGGAAUUGUAUGAUGUUGAGUCGAGCGAGGAGGAAGAGGAAGACGUUGAUGAAUUGAACGAGAACGACGUUGUUGGAAGGGCUUUGCACAAGUGCGCGCGAAUCUCCGCAGAGUUGAAGGGCGAACUCUUCGGUUCCUCCGGGACCGCGUGCGAGAGGUAUUCCGAGGUGGAAUCUUCGUCAGUGAGGAUUGUGACUCAGGAGGAUGUUGACGUUGCGUGCGGGUCUGAGGAGGAUUCGGAUUUUCAGCCUCUGCUCAAGCCGUAUCAGUUGGUUGGCGUCAAUUUUUUGCUUCUCUUGUAUCGGAAGGGGAUUGGAGGAGCCAUAUUGGCAGAUGAAAUGGGUCUUGGCAAAACAGUUCAGGCCAUCACAUAUUUAACUUUGCUGAAACACUUGCACAAUGAUUCUGGUCCACAUCUUAUAGUAUGUCCUGCUUCUGUUCUGGAAAACUGGGAAAGGGAAUUAAAAAGGUGGUGUCCAUCCUUUUCUGUUCUUCAAUACCAUGGGGCCGGACGUGCAGCUUACUGCAAGGAGUUGAACUCCCUGUCCAAGGCGGGAUUGCCUCCUCCAUUUAAUGUUCUUCUUGUGUGUUAUUCACUUUUCGAACGACACAGUGCACAGCAGAAAGAUGAUCGCAAAAUCCUGAAGCGGUGGAGGUGGAGCUGUGUGAUAAUGGAUGAGGCACAUGCUUUGAAGGACAAAAAUAGCUUUAGGUGGAAAAAUCUGAUGUCUGUUGCAAGAAAUGCGAACCAACGCUUGAUGCUGACAGGGACACCACUUCAGAAUGAUCUGCAUGAGUUAUGGUCAUUGUUGGAGUUUAUGCUGCCUGAUAUUUUUGCUUCUGAAGAUGUUGACCUGAAAAAGUUAUUAAAUGCAGAAGAUAGAGAUUUAAUUGGUCGUAUGAAGUCCAUCUUAGGGCCAUUUAUUUUACGGCGACUGAAAUCUGAUGUGAUGCAACAACUUGUUCCAAAAAUACAGCAGGUUGAAUAUGUUAUAAUGGAAAAGCAGCAGGAAACUGCUUACAAGGAAGCCAUUGAAGAGUAUCGUGCUGUGUCACAAGCUCGGAUGGCAAAAUGUUCUGAUCUUAAUUCAAAAAGUGUUCUUGAAGUUCUUCCUCGACGACAGAUAAACAACUAUUUUGUUCAGUUUCGCAAGAUAGCAAACCAUCCCUUGUUAAUAAGGCGAAUCUACAGUGACGAGGAUGUCAUUCGCUUUGCUAGGAAGCUACAUCCGAUGGGUGCUUUUGGUUUUGAAUGUACUUUGGACAGAGUUAUAGAGGAGCUUAAAAACUACAAUGACUUCUCUAUUCACCGGCUUUUACUUCAUUAUGGUGUCAAUGAUAGAAAGGGGAUCCUUCCAGAUAAGCAUGUUAUGCUUUCUGCAAAAUGUCGGGCCUUAGCAGAACUUCUUCCUUCACUAAAGGAGGGUGGUCAUCGAGCCUUGAUCUUUAGUCAAUGGACUUCAAUGCUUGACAUAUUGGAGUGGACUUUGGAUGUCAUUGGAUUGACCUAUAAACGGCUUGAUGGAAGGAUUAUUUUGGUCAGCACUUCAACAAACAAGGAGAAAGUUAAGUCAUCUAUGAUAAUGAUAUGACAAAAAGUAAUCUAGUGUUUGUGUAUGCAUGACAAAUUUGUUGCUAAAUUUAUUUGAGGGUUGGAUGAAUAGUUGGAAUGUAAAUGAGUGAUGCUUUUAAAUAGAAGCAGAUGCAAGGUAAUUGUGACUUAAAAUGUCUUAUAAAAAAGUGUAGCCUUUUUCCUUUCUUGUUUUACUCUACACAUGAAGAUGAAACACUCACCUGACACUCCUUAUCCAUUUACUUAACUUUUUAAUUAUGUUUCAAUAUUAUGCAUGAGGGUGAGUCUUGGUGGGAUGUUAAGUUCGCUAGCCAGACACAACUAGGUCAGAGCGUCAUGCACUAGGUCACCCUUUAUGCAUUAACAUUUAUGCAGCUUAUGCAUGGUAGAAUAUGGAAACUGAGUCCAAUUUGUGAAACAGUUGGGGAAUCAUGGCUGACUAUUAUUAUACAAAAUGUAGACAAGCUGCAGAAGUUCUCUCUCUCGCACAUACAUGCACAUACAGAUACAUGGUAAAAAAAUGAAAGUUAUUAGGUAGGCAUUGAGGAAGUACUGCUUAGAAGUAAGAAACAAUGAGAACAAAACAGAAAACAGCAAAAAGCAAAAAGAAACAAGACAAAUGCUAAACCAUCUCUACUGUGUUUUUCUUUUUUAUUUUUUGGAAGGCAGAAAAUAUAUAUUAUUAAUAAAAAACACAGCAGUACCAGAGGUACUGGUGAGAUAUACACAAGUACAAGACACCUACAGUGUCACCCUCCAAAAACAAAGGAAAACCCAAUCAGGACCCCACCACAUAAGAUAAAAGCAGAAGCUGAGUGUAGUCAAUGUUGUCAAAAUUGAGAUCCUAUCUAGGAUUGAGAUGGGAGGAAAGAAACCUAAAUUGUGUGACAUAAUCGCGAAUGUAAGAUUCUGCUUAAAUAUAAAACUAUAUUCAACACAUCCACAUAGUAACCUAAAUGAGAAAAAUAUCUUAUAAGUAAACUAAUACUCAAUGAAACAUAAAUUGAAAAUGUGCAAAAUGCUAAAAAAACAACUGUUGGAAAGCCUUAAUUGUGGGACCCCUACAUGCCUUAGUUGCGGCCUCUUUGGGGUUUCCUGAAUUGCAACCACGAGGGUGGUAGUUUAGUCCCACAUUGGCUAGUGAUAUGGCCAAAUUGAAGUAUAUAAGUGGAGGCAACCCUCACCUUAUAAGCUGGAUUUUGUGGGGUUGAGUUAGGCUCAUAACACACAUUUUAAUUAUGGUAUCAAAGCCUAUCCUAGAUCUAUUGUUGAGCCACUUGCAUUGUCAUGCUCCAAGUUGAGUGUCCUGGGCGUGAGGGGGAGUGUUGGAAAGCUGCCUUAAUUGUGGUCCCCCUUAGCCUUCCUUAGUUGCGGCUUCUUUGGGGGCCUGCCUUAAUUGUUGCCUCAAGGGUGGUGGGGUGGUUUAGUCCCACAGCGACGGGAUAUAUGGCCAAAUUAAAGUAUAUAAGUUGAGACAACCCUUACCUUACAAGCUUGUUUAAGCCGGUUUUGUAGGAUUGAGUUAGAUCCAAAUUCACAUUUUAAUAACAAAGUCACAAUUUAAGUUUUUGACCAUGAAAAAACUAACAAUACCAUGGUAAGAUAUGACAACAGAAUGUUUGACAAUGAUAUAAUUUAUGUUCUUUUCACUCAUCCUAGACACAAAAGGAGGGUUUUGUUCAUGAAUUGAUCUUUCCAUUUGAGAGUAAGAUAUCCAGAAAUGAUAUUCAGGUGUUUGAUAUUCAUAUCUAGGCUGGGCUUUGGAACCUACUCCCAAAUGUUCUAUUACAAAACAAAAUUAUUCUUUAAAGUAUAUAAUUUCCUUGCCAUUGUCAAAUAUGAGAAACUCUGAAGCCCUUCAUGAGAUCCCUUGCGCUCUUGUAAUCAACAGGAUUGGAACAUCAAUCACUAACUAAAACAUGCUGUUUUGUUAGUGUCCGUAUCCUUAAAACUGUGCUUUGACUUAAGAUUUUCCUUGAGUAGUGAGAGAAAUUUUAAUUUUAUAUAGUAAUAUGAUGUACUAAUACUUAUAUUAAUUUUGUGAUGCACUGUAUUAAGUAUACUGCAGUAGCAUUAUAGCUAUGAAGUUGAGAGAAGAUGGAGAUUUUAGCUUUACUAUUUUACCUUUCCUUUUUAUGUGCUGAUUCAUUUGAGUCCCUUGUACUACCUCCUUUUAAUAAAUUAGCUGUUUCAUAUCUAAAGAAUUAUUAAUUAAUUAAUCAAUAAUUACUAGAGAACAAGUUAACACUCCAGUUUUGAUCUUCCAUUGAUGAAGUGUGAUUUUGUGUAAAAGUUUGCACCAUUUUCAACUAUUAUUCACCAGAGAUUGCUUUCCCUUGCUCUUUAUAAUCUUAAAGAUCCUACUAUUUGAC